UUCGAGUGCGUGAAACUUCUGGUGGAGGCUGGGGCGAAUGUUAACCAUGCAACCAAGAGUAACUCCACGCCUCUUCAUGUGGCAUGCUAUUCUGGGGUCCUUCGCACUGUUGAGUUUUUGAUCCAGCGUGGAGCCGACAUUCAAGUCCAGGAAAACCACGGCCACUCGUGCCUGAUGGCUGCUACGUACAGAGGUUAUCUGGAUGUGUUAUUGUUUCUUUUGGAUAAAGGAACAGAUUCUAACCAGAGUACAGUGUGCGGAAAUACCGCGUUACAUAUUGCGGCGGAAUGCGGCAACGUGAACGUAAUGGUUCUCUUUUUACAAUUCGGGGCAAAGCCAAGGAGAAACGCAAUUGGGUUGAGUCCAUUGCAUCUGGCAACCAAAUGCAGCCUGGCACAUAUGGUGGAAUAUUUAGUAACGCGGCCCGAAUUUUGCAAAGAAGAGAAAGUGGACGCUUUGGAACUUCUGGGGGCUUCCUUUGCAAAUAAUCCAGAUUUCUACAAUCUGCCCAGCGCGUACAAAUACAUGCGUCUGUCAAUGGAAUUGAGGUACCCGCUUAAGAUCCGUGUGUGUGAG